GAAGUCUCAUAACAGCCAUGAGCAAAAAAAACCGAAUUUUAUAAGUGAACGAAUGGUUGUAACACCAAUCCAGACGAAGUGAAUAAGAAGUCAAUCGUAAUUUUGCCGUCUGUGAAUAAUAUCAGGAUGCGUAUGGAGUCAUUAUGGAUGAAUUUUGUCUUGGUUAUCGUUUUCGUAACGUCGAAAUCAUAUGCCGCUAGUUCGAACUCUGGCUUCGUCACAAGCGUGUUGCCAAGCACAUCUACGAGUAUUCUGUACCAAAGCAUCCAAAACAUUACAUCGGGUAAAAUUGGUGGAUUUACUACCACAAUAAAAUCGUCGAAUUCGGCAUAUAAUGUGACAACACAUGGUGAACUGCCCAGCAGUGCAACAUCAACUACACUAUCCAGCAGUAUUUUGAGGACAGAAACUCACACUUUACAGAGUUCUAAAAGUAGCAGUCUCAAUUACACUGGUAUUGGAGCUGUUAUGACAACACUGAGUUCAAAUCAUUAUUUAGGGACUCCAUCUUUAAAUGGCUCAAGUGGGAGAAUGGUUUCUGAUAUAAGUGAAACAAAAAUAACAUCUUCUUCAUCCUAUCUGCAACAAACAUCCACACUGUCAAAUAAGUCAUACAGUACCAUUGCUGCCUCUUCUGUGGCAAACCUAUCAAAUGAUAUUUCUUCUACUAGGACAUCAUUGUUGCCGCAGAUGUCAUCACCUAUAGCAAAAGUAAUACCUAGUGAAAGCCAGUUGUCUCAUACCAUAAUUACUAAUAAUUCUUCAACAGGACUGCCCAGUCAAUCAAUUAGAGAAUCAACAACCGUUUCAAAUCUGACGGCAACAAUAUCUCCAACCACCUUAAGCAAAAGCAUGGUAUUCAAUGCCACACAGCAAUCUGCAACUACCAUGGGACAUGGCACCACUGUCACGGAAUCAGUUAAAUCCAGUGUUCAUGCAGUAAAUGCUACACUUGCAACAACUUUUCCAGCUUCAAAUGCAGCAAUAACUGCAACCAUCCAAACUCAAAGUAUUGUUGUAAAGUCAACUCAGCAAACUGCAGCUGUAUCAAGCUCAAAAUUACAUGCUCUCAACCAGUCGGUUUCUGAUACAUUGGCUAUGUCACCCUCAAGGGGUGUUAAUCAAACCUCAGUGCUGAUGUCAUCUAAAAGUUUUACUGUACAAACUGUACCUCUGCUGCCAAGUUCUGUGGUCCUAGAAGGCAACCUAUCAUUGUCAACAGUUAAAGAUAAAAGAUCAAACUCUGUUUUGCCCAAAACUGUCACAAGCCACUCAUCAUCAAUUUUACUGUCUAGUACAGGUGGAUUUACAUCAAGUUCAGUGGCCUCAAAAGAUACCACAGUCCAGUCUUCAGUGAUUGUUCUGCAUAACACUUCAACUGUAACUUUCCGUCAAAGUUCAGUGAGUGUUGUUACAACUGAUGGAUUAUCAAGUUCAUUUACUUCAUUUACCUCAAAAAGUGUUCCUUCAGUGACUCUUGAGGCUUCCUCGAGUUUAGCAUUCUCACAGAAUGAUACAAGUCAAUCAAAAAAGCAAUCAGCAGUGUUUCCCACAGCAUCUGUAUCUCUAAAGAAGUCAUCUCCGAAGGACGAGUUUGUGGUCACCUCCUAUGCCACCCCUUGUUAUAUAUAUUACGUGGUGGAAAAGACUGUCCUGCCUGUUGCAACAAGUAAUAACACUGCAGCUCCAUCAACGCCAACAACGCCAAGAAUUACAAUGGAGAUAGGAAGUCCAUCCAAGAUGCAGUCAGGAUUGCCAACAGUGACAUUGACACAUUCUCCUGCUAUGACAACUCAAGCACAGACCCAGGCAUCUGUUUCUACUGAUAGGGUAAUAUCUUCAACAUGGUUAGUGGGAGUAACAACAAAAAGCACCGAGAGAACUUCAACGAAGUUGCCAAGUGACGCCUCUCCUUCAGACAUAGGUUCCAUACCCACUUCUACUGCUGGAAAAAUUGUAAACACAGUCAGCUUGACAUUGCCAUCUGUGGUGACUGUGGUAAAGCCUAAUAGUACCUUGAAGGAUAUAGGGACUGCUAUGGUGGCAAGCACUCCUGAAACAGAAAUCUUUUCAACUUACUCUCAAUCUAAACCAUCUAAACCUGGUACAUCAACUGCCUCGGUAAGUGACUUGCAUGUUACACCCACUGCUAACGAGACUCUAGCCACUGAAGUCACAUCAUCUGUUAGCAUCACACCAGUUGUUACCAGUGCACGUAUUUCAGUUCCGAGGAACAUGUCUUCUACGACUGUAAUUAGAGUGUCUUCAAACAAAACUCGUGCAACAAGUUCACAGACAUCAUCAAUUAAUUCCGACAUAUCUGGUGACAGUUCACCAUCAACUGCUCAGUCAUUUAAUAUCUUUGUUUCUCCAUCAAAAUCCGGGACAGAAGGAAAAAGCAUCAACACAAGUCAGCAUGCAAUCCUGCUUUUAUCAAAAUCUGGAUCGUCAAGCACGUAUAUGGGAAGUUCAAGUCAUAGAAAAGUUGCGUCAAGUCCGUCUAAGAUAAUAAAUAUUACUGGAUCUUCAGAUGUUUUGAAGAAAAAUGCGACAGCAUUAACGCCACUGCCAUCUCCAACGACAAGUGGAAAUCUUCAGUCUGUUGCUUCGAACAAAACGUUAUCCACCAACCUUAAUUCAACACCUGUGUUCAUUGGUUCACUAGCCAUCUCAAGUAGUCAAACUGAGACUCUCUUGACGAAACACCUAGAUCUAAAUUUGAGUGUUACUACUAGUGCCUCACAUGCAAUGGGGAAAGUAUUAUCAACUGAAACUCAGGUGAAUGUUACUAGUUCUCUUUUGAGCAGCAUCCCACCAGUAGCAGCCUCAAGUUUGUCGGCUGUUAAAGACAAUAAAACCGUUUCUACUGUCGUAGAGAAUAUCCCAUCCGCCUCGGAAAUGCCUGUGCCGUCUCAUACCAGUACUAAUCUUGAAGCUCCGCAGUCUUUUGUUGGAAUUGGCGGCAGUAUUGUCGGGGUAAAAUCAGGAUUGAUAAUAUUUCAUGCUACGACAUCACUUCAACAAGGUGGAGUGACUCUUGCGUCUGGUAGCACCACUCAAGUUCCUGCCUCAUUGCCGGUUUCGCUGAUAGAGGGCACAUCUUCGGCUGGAGAACAAUUUUUGUCGUCAUCAUCAGCUAUUUUGGAGGCUUCGGCAUCAAUACUUCCUGGUGAAAAACGUAGAAAAAAACGAGCUGCUGGAGAGUUUGGUUUUGCAGCAUCAGGUAAUCAAUCCUUGUCCUCCCUCACACUAAAUCACUCAGUAACGGCGACUGUGGCUUCCACAACUUUACAUUCUGGUCAAGCAGAUUCAAUUGUACUGUCUUCGCCUAUGACCAGUCAAACGCUUCUGAAAGCCAACAGUUCGUCACAGUCAGCUGAAGGUGGAAUUACGAUUUCAUCCUCUUCGGAAAUGCAUUUACCGUCUCUUACCAGCUCUAGUGUCGUUGCUCCACAGUCUUUUGUUGGUAUUGGCAGUGUUGUCGGAAUAAAAUCAGCUAUAAUAAAAUUUCCAACUACGACAUCGUCUCAGUUAGGUGGAGUGACUCUUGCAUCUAAUAGCAGCACUCAAGUUGCUGCUCGAACAUCGGUUUCGGUGGUAGACGUCCCUGUUCCUAUGUCGGUGACGAGGUCAUCCGUACAGCCACCGUCAGUCUCACUGGGCAACAGCUCCAAUCUAGUGGAUGCAUCUCACUCAUUACCUCCAGAAAACUCGACUUCUACCGUUCCCACCCUUGCGGCUUCACCCAGCUCUAGUCAUUCCUCAUAUCAAGAAUCCGCCGUCAAUGGCACGAGUGUUCCGACCUCUGUUUUGAUCUCACCAAGUAGCGCAACGAACAGCUUUUAUCUGUCACCGUCAGAACCUGGUAAUAAUAUAGGCAGCCACUCUGUCAUGGCUACACGAAGCCUUUCCUCAGUUCCUGAGUUACCCUCAAAAUCAUCACCAGGAGCAGUGGAGUCCUCUUUACCUCGUUCAGUGACAACUGAGCCUACGAUGGGUACGUUGAUCUCAUCCACGUUUGUGUAUAAUGGAACUCUGCCUCCAACAUCAUCCUUGGAUUUGAAAAUAUCGUCUUCUGCCAUAUUGGUUAACACCUCAUCCAUGGAAGGUCACUCAUUCACAAGUGUGUCGUCAAUCGUACAAAAUGUCUCAGCAAGUGUGGCUAUCUCGUUAAUGGUUACUGAUUUUGUUAGGAGCUCUCAAACACUUUCCUCGGAUUUCAAGUCAUCUUUAACUGCAUCGAUUGUUGAAAGAACUUCAUCUCUCAUCUCAACAUUUGAUGUUGAUAAAACUUUUUCCUCCACUUACACCUCGGAUAUAAGGACUUCAUCUGCUGCUGCGGGUGUUAGUCAACCAUCUUCACUUGCCUCCUUGAGAAGGAGCCCGACACAGCAGCCAUCAAACGCAAGUGUAAUAUUUUCUUCGACAUCAAUGGUCGGAAGUUCUUCAGUUACAUUCGCUUCAUCGGUGUCAAAUGUAACCAAGAACGUCACCGUCUCAUCCUUCUCGUCCCAGUCUCCAUCAUCCAUUCCCUUUCCAAGUGAAACUGUUGGGGUUAUUUCAAGUUCUGUCAUGUCUCCAGCACCAACGUCAGUAAUGAAAAGCAGUGCUGUAGUUAGCCCCUCUAUGACUAUAACCACAAAUUCACGUGUUUAUAAACCACCUUUAGUUACUAUUUCGAGUCUUGGGAUGUGCUACGUUGUGUAUACCACGAGGAUAGUACAGCCAACUUUGGUAACAACACAAUCAUUCACUGUGUCAUCUACAGCUACAGUGAAUGCGAACUUUACAUCGGGAUUUUUGGCAAAUGCGACUGCUAGUCACUUGUCAACACCCGUAUCACUUAAUGUCAGCACCUCAGUAGUUGUCCGCCCAACCCUCCAGGUUAAUUUCACAAGCACCGAAUUUUCCCGAAUGUAUCUUUCUACCACAAUGUUUUCGAAUUUUACUUUAAAACCCAGCAGUACUUCUACCGUUGUUUCUGGCAACUCCAGCGUACUUUCCAUCAAGACAACUACGUCACGUGCUGUCUCCACUGUCAUCAAAUCAAGCUCUGUGUCUGAAACGCUCAACGUCUCUCAGUCAGUAUCCAAAGGGACCAUUCAUGUCAUCAGCGUUGAGAAAACAGCCAUUCCUACUUCUUCAUUUCAAUCAAAGAGUCCAUCUGUGGUCGGCACAGACGUCCUAUCCUCCCCGGGGUUAUCAUCUUCCACCCCGCCACCAACAACUCAACACCUUUCGCCCACAGCAGCAGCUUCCCAAGUGGUGUCAAGCUCUGUGGCUGUACCCACGCCUCAGCCUUUAGAUCCAUCUCUGUUGGUAGAAACGAUCGUGAAAGUGCCUAACGACAGAGAUAUUCAGUCACCAGAAUUCAAAUCGGAGCUGGAAGUUAAUCUCGCAAAGGCAUAUUCCUUCGCUUUAGUGACGACCAGAAGGCAAAGAAGGGCAACACCCGAAAUCAAUGUAACUAUCGACAACAUGGAGCGUGUGAACAAUGGAGAGGUCGUCAAUGUAACCUUUUUCGUCUCUCAAGACGAUAGGAAGGUUCCUGCAUCCGAGGCUGUUCAAGCCUAUCAGAGGUUAACAAAGGCCGAGUUAGGAAACUUCAUCAACUUCGAAGUUGUUAACAUGCCUGAGGCCUUGGUAGUACUACCAACUACAUCACCUCCAUCGUAUAUCCUUGUAUCCUUAAUCAUUGCAUCGUCUGCGAGUGAGAACAUCUCCGCUCCAGCGAAUAAAAAGAAGCUGGAAGAUAACCUGGCUGCCUAUUACGGAAAGCAGAAGCAGUUAGCAACCCCUGUUACCGCUACAAUCAAGACUAUCAUCCAUGAACCAAAUAACAUUGUGUACCUGGAAUUUUACAUCUCUGUUGAUGGCACUCCUGUUAAUGCAACUGAUGUGGUCGAAACCUUUAAAGUUCCUCAUGUCAACUUGCUCAACACAGAUCUUGAAGUUGAGGUCUUGGUCCAGGUUUACAUUCCUGACUCGCUCACUGCUACUGAAGCGGAUCACGUCAUCAUAGGUGUUAGUGUAUCGGAAAGUGUGGAUUUAACCAGCGCCUCGUUCAGAAGUGACCUAGCGAGCAAACUUGCUACGGUGUAUCAGAACGCUAAGGGCAAGAUCAGUUCGCGGAGAAAGAAACGCAGCGGAAGCACAAGCGCAACUAUUAAAGACGCUGUCAGAAAAACUGAUUCCCAGGCCUCUGAAGUAGAUGUUACGUUUUUCAUGUUUGACUCUGGUAAAGUUGUGAACUCCAGUUAUGUGGUGUCUGUCAUGAAUCGACUGAGCACCAGCCAGAUGACCUCAUUAACCAGACCAUAUGCGAUCCUAACUGCUCCCAGACAAGCAGUAGUGCCGACCACUGAAAUACCGCCCACCGUGGCUUCAUCACCAAUCAAAUGGUGGAUUAUUCCUGCGGUCAUCUGCCCAGUUCUAUUGAUUAUUAUUAUAGUGUUGUUAAUCUGGUGGCGAUGGAAGAAAGGAGCACCGACAUCUAAGGUUGAUCCACAUAUGGUUGAAAUGUUGGAAAAAGACAAGAGAAGGCCUGUCCAUGGUUUAGCUCCUUACACCGAACCAGGAGUAUCUACAGGUAAGCCAACGGCUUUUAUAACGCUUUCCCCAACCUCUGGUGCUGAUGGUGAGGAUGCUAACGAAAAAUCCAGAAGAAGAGAAACUUCUUUGCGGAGAAAGGUUCCCAAGCGACCAAUACAGAAACUACCGGUUAGGGAACAAAGGCAGACAAACCCCGCCUUUGAGGAAGAGGAAGAAGAAGAAGGUGAAGAAAACUCAGUAUCUGUCACACCUACUGGAAGUACUGAGGCGUUAACAAAAGGAAAAACGUCAGCAAAACCACCACCGGUCUCCAGAGAGCACCCUCCGGCCCAACCUCAGAGGCCUGUGGAACGAUCUGAACUGGACAGCGAAGAAGAUAGUCAGCUCUCCGAAGAAGAGUCCGAGUCUGAACCCGAAAGUGUAGCGCCACCUGAAAAGCCAAGCCAUUCACCGGGCCAAAUACCAACUGUUGCCGUAAUGAGUGAGGCUAGCGGUCCCCCACGUUAUCCCCCUGUGCGGUUCCGUUCCUCAGUACAUCCCGCCCCAAGCCUUCCCCCAUUAGAUCCGAAGCAGAAAUCUUUGGUUGGAGUUAAAGUAGAGCCGCCAUCCGAAGAUGACUCUUCAAGAGGCCGCCGAAAAGGCAAAGGGAAGAGAAAAGAGUUGGAACAGAGAGCGGCCUGGGAACGGCAAAAGAACAAGCAAAGACUGCGAGAAAGGAAGCGUAAUGAUUCUCGAAGCCCAGGAAGUGCAGUUGUUAGCGAGAGGAGAGCCUGGGAUAGAGCUCAGCAUGACAUCGACGAUGCUCUCGGAGACGAUGAUGCGGAGCGAGUGAUCACUGGAAAGAAGCGAAAACCACGAAGAAAACGUCCCCCAAGCAGUUCAGUGGCUACGGAUGAAGAAGGAGUGCCGCAUCUGAAGAGUUACCGCAAACUGAAAAGUCCGAAAACAGCAUCCUCUACGAGUACACGGGACCGUGACAAGAAGCGCGGGAAUUCUGUGGACUCGGCCUCGAAUCCGUCAAGCGAAGAGGAAUCCGAGAUUGACAUGAAUGAAACACGUAGACGUAUGCACGCUAUGCUUGAUGACGCUUUCUCCCUAUUAGGACCACAGUCCGCGAAGAAACCUGAAAAAAUACCCGAGGGACAUCCUUCGCAUCCCGCCCCCCAUCCCACACAGGUAUAUUCCUCGACCCCAGCUCGUCCAGCUGUUAUUCCAAGAUACACCGGAGGGCAGCCUGCUUUGCCAGAGCCACCCCCAGCCCACGGUCGAGCCACAGAACCGACACCUGGACAGCGGAAGCGCGUUCAGCCAACAAUGCCUGGUUACCCAGUAGGUAUGCCUCAGACCCCUCUUGGCAUGCCGGGUUACCCAGGCCGCCCUCCUGUACGACCGGUUGUGACACGUGAUCCAAUAGUAGUCUGGGACCCUGCAGAUAGACAACGAAUUUUGAACCAGCGGGCGCCGCCUCCGACGUAUGCGUACACAGACCCUAGUGGACAAAAUGUCUAUAUAACCCCAGUGCAACAGCAACGAAGUGAUAUGGGUGGUCUUGUAUGGAGUCCUUUCGCCGCUGAAGACUCAAUGGAUGCACUUUAUCCUGAUUUGGCUCAAGCAAGUUAUCCAGGCGUGCUAGGUACCAGUCCUCCUAAGGACACAAGUUUCCUAUCUCAUCUUCAGGGCAUGCCACCUCACGACACCGUACUCAACAUGUCCGCGAACGGUACUUUUAACCAGCGGGGAUCUACACUCGGACAGUCUCCACAACCUUUAAUUAAAUCAAUAAAAGACGAACUUUUUAGAUUGUCCCAAGGGGCCUCUAGAAAAACACCCAUUACAGAGCUUUAGCAUUGAUAUACGAUUUUUUACCCGAGGUAUUUUAAUGAUCACUGAAUAUUUUAUAUUGAGGAGAAGCAGUGAGGAUAUUUGUCAAGCAGCUGAUUCAAAAAAUUUUACAUUAGAACAGUUUAAAUCCGUUAAAUUGAGUUAACUCACUCAAGUUUACCUACGUUUUCUUUAUUACAUUUACAACAGAAAACAUGAUUGUAGAUAUAUUUAAUAGUGGAAUGUCAUUUAAUAGUAUUACUGAGAAAGCAAAUGGUGUAAAUAAUUCCAUUGGAUUGGGACUGGCUUCCCUUUUUGCCAAUGGCCACUUCUUGAGCACAAUAAAACUAUUUUUGUGGCGUUCGGCGCCGA